ACGGUCGAGUUUUAUCGGGGCUUUGAAUAACAUGGCCGCAUGUUAGUUACUGAUUUUUCUUUACUGUUUGCCAACGUAUUUAAGAGAUUUAGUAGUGGUGUUUCGCAAUUAAUUUAAAUUAAAAAAAAACUAUAACGGUGUUUAAUCAUAAAUUUAAACUAGUGAUUCAUUGACUAGCAGGUUUAAUAAGACGUAAAUUAUGAUGCGUCACCCAGAACACCAUCAUCCCCCUAAUAUGCAAAGAAACACAAGAAUUGGUCUGCCACAAAUGGGUCCACCACCCAAUGCACGAACACAGCCUAUGCUGAUGAGUCUACCGCCGACGGUGCCGGUGCCUCAUUCAGACAUGAAGACUUUUUUUUUGUUGAUGUUAUGCCUCUCGCUGUCGUCCAACGUCACCGCCCUUUCAAUAACCGAAUUAAAGACGAUCAUGGGCAACCAAGCCUGCAUAGAAGGCGUACUGGUUACAAUGCCGCAAGGCACUACGCUGAUCACAUCCACUGCGAUUCCACAUCAGCCGCAACCAAAGUCGAAUAUGGCCCAGCUUGUACACUACGAUACAGAAAUUACCGAAAAUUCUCCCGAUCAAAUUACCACCACAGGAAACACUAAUACUUCGUCUACUAUGCCCACCAAUAACUUGGCAAACAAUAAAGAAAAGACUCCGAUGUGUUUAAUUAAUGAACUUGCUCGAUAUAACAAAAUUCAACAUCAAUACAGACUGACUAGUGAGCAAGGUCCUGCUCACAAGAAGCUGUUCACUGUUACUCUCAAAUUGGGCAAUGAAGAAUAUGAGGCAGAAGGUGCAAGUAUUAAAAAGGCCCAACAUUCUGCGGCUGCUAUGGCCCUACAACAAACCGAGUUUAAACACCCUCCACCGAAAACUAACCGUAACAGUCGAGGUAGUUUAAGAAACGGAUCAGGUAUGGUAACUCCUACAGUCGAACUGAACGCAUUAGCGAUGAAACGUGGUGAACGAACCGUAUAUGUAUUAGAAAAUGGCGCUCCCGCUCCGGCGCAGGGUUACAUACCGCAAGCUUCAUAUUAUCCCCGGCACGUUUACAACCCCGGACAGCCGAGAUACGCGUAUGAUCCCAGAAGAAACGCUUCUGCGAGAAACUACCACACGCACUAUGAGAAUCGCUACUACAGUCAGUAUCGCUACCAACAUCCUCCCGGAGAGCCAUUUUCAAUUCGUUUGCGUGUGGGCGAACGUGAGUAUCCAGGCAUGGGAUACACCGUGCAAGCAGCCCGCCACGAUGCAGCUGCCAAAGCCAUCGAAGACAUUAAACAGAAAGAAGUUGACGAUUCCCAACAAUGUCCGGCGAAUAAUGGUAACACGUAUAUAUAUAUGCCUCACAGUUUUAUGAAUCCCAUGUUAUUAGUUUUGUCUCAGAAUGACGUCUGUAACGAACUUAAUAGUGAGCUUAAGUCGCCUAUUUCUUUGGUACACGAAAUAGCUCUUAAACGAAGUCUCAAUGUGAUCUUUGAGGUGUUGAGUGAAAAAGGACCUCCCCAUAUGAAAGUUUUCGUAACUCAGUGCCGUGUAGGAGAUUUCAUGACCGAAGGAGAAGGUAAUGGCAAGAAAAUAUCGAAGAAAAAAGCCGCAGAGAAAAUGUUGGAAGAACUGAGUAAACUGGGGCCACUACCAAAUACUAAUAGCCAAAUCGCUUUAAAACGUAAACGUGUAGUUAAUAAGAAAAAACAGAGAAACCUAAUUAAGGUUAACACGGACCGUGCGACAGAUUAUACCGAGGAAAUUAAUCCUAUCUCGCGUUUAAUUCAAAUACAACAGGCUAAUAAAGAAAAAGAACCCGUUUAUAAUGUAAUUGAUGAACGUGGGGCACCAAGGCGAAGAGAAUUUGUUAUCGAGGCAUCUGUUAAUGGUCACGUUUCAACCGGCAUUGGACCAAAUAAGAAGGUGGCAAAGAGGAAUGCUGCGGAGGCUUUAUUACAAUUAUUAGGAUAUACAAACACUUCACCAGCUCAAUCUGUUCCAAAACCCGCACUUAAAGUAGAGAAGGAGGUGGAAACAAUUGAAAAGACUAGAAAAGUAACUUUUAUGGAAGAGAAGCAGGAAAAUCACAUUGGAGGUAGUGGGGGACGCCAGCUUGUUCCUGGAUUGCUUUUAGUAAAUGAUCACACCGUGGCGUUCCAACAGAGCAAAACCAAAACUUCGGAAGCUACAACAUCGGGCACGAAUUCGGGAGAUGCGGGUAAAGGUGGCGGAUCAGGGCAAACUCCGAAAAAGUCGCCGACCGUAACGCAGAGCGUACGAGCGAAAGAUCAGUUGAUAUAUUUGGCGCAGCUGCUCGGUGUGCAGGUGCAGUUUUCCGAUUUUCCUAAGGCUAAUCAUGAGAUGUACCUGACGUUGGUUUCCUUAAGUACAAAUCCGCCUCAAGUUUGUCAUGGGGAGGGGCCCAGUACAGACUUGUCGCACGAAAAGGCUGCUCUGGAAGCACUUAGUGUGCUUUCAGAAUUAGGGUUAGACAAUGUUACACCUACGAAAGACGCUAGUGCAGAAAAUGUACAUGGAAACAAACCACAAGUGCAGAUACCAAAGGGCGGUAUUAAUCAAAACGGAAUAAAGAAGCAAUCAUAAAAAAUUACUUGGAACUCUUUUACAUCUGUAGCAAUGAAAUAAUGCGCCAGUCGUGUAAUCUCAUCGUUGCGGAUCAAUUUGUAACAUGGGUUCCAUGCGGCCAUGUCCGACUUUUAAUGUUUUUUAUGAUUUCAUUACAUAUAAUAUUAUAUGCCAUGAUUUCAUGUGCACUGGCUAUAUAACAGUGCUAUCCCCAUUGCGUUUUACAGGGCAGAAAGCACAAUAGGGAAAAUACAGUAGUACAGAAUUGAUUUGCGAAUACGGCAACUCUUUUUUAUGAAAUUGGCCCAUUUGUUAAAUUGAUUACUUCGUAAAAUUUAUAUUGUCGCUGUUGCCUUCAGUUGCUCUCGAGAAUAUAAUGUUACUUGAUAUUAGAUGUUCUCUUGUGCUAUGCAAUUCUGACUGCUGACACGUUGAAGUUUGUCGAUUUCAGUAUUUUGAGUUAAACAGUCUCGAUUAGACUUUUUCUUUUUUUUUGUUCCGUUCAGUAUUUUAGUAAACAUUCUAACUUGGUACCUACUUUCUGUGCAACGUAAUAUUUAUUUUCAUUGAGGGUUUAGUUGUUCUAGUAGGUGGCAUUUGGAUAGUGUGUAUGUGCUCUUAAUACGUUUCUCUUGUAUUCACUGAAAUCAAUAAACAUACUUCUUAGUUUUUUUAAUAUAUAAAAGGUACACUGUAACAUAGCUUGAAAAAAAACUAAAUACAUGUGUUUGACUGAUGGUAUGUUAUAUUCAUAUAUAUAUGAAAUCAUCUGUUGCCCUUCUAUGUUUAUGUUCUACUAUUGUUUAUUUUCGUUUUAAAAAACUUCAUAACUAAUAAAACCAGUAUUUUAUGAAAAA